UACUCCUAAUAUGUAAACGAUAGAAAGGGACAAGUAGUCAGACAAGUACUCCGUUUCAAAUGCUUCUUCAAAUUCCCACUACCAUAUUCUCAUUAGCGUCAAAGACACCACCUAUCAAUCCACUCUGUAAUCUUCUAACCAAAACCUUAGAAACCCAACCAUCAACCUUCGAACAAACAUACAGAAAUGCUUGCAAUCUCUUGGUUUCUUUAACUCAGUCGAGAUCCCUCAUUAAAGGCCAAAAACUCCAUGCUCAAAUCAUCAAAUCAAGAUUAGACAUCGUUCCUCUCCUAUCUAACCAGCUCAUUAACUUCUACUCUAAAUGCCAGCUUCCUCAUGAUUCCCGCAAAAUUUUCGAUGAUAACCCCAGACAGUCUCCUACUUCCUGGAGCUCAAUCAUCUCUACUUUUGCACAGAACGAACUCCCGCAAUUCUCACUCGAAUUCUUUCGGAGAAUGCUCGAGUAUGGGGUUCGACCGGAUGAUCAUAUAUUUCCGAGCGCCGCAAAAUCAUGUGCGAUCUUGUCGAGAUUGGAUGUUGGGCAGUCUGUGCAUUGUCUUGCGGUGAAAACCGGGUAUGGUGUAGAUUUGUUUGUUGGAAGUUCAUUGGUUGAUAUGUAUGCAAAAUGUGGCGGGAUUAUAUGGGCAAGACAAAUGUUCGAUGAAAUGCCUGAUAAAAAUGUUGUUUCUUGGACUGGCAUGAUAAAUGGGUAUGCUCAGUUAGGUGAUAAUGAAGAGUCUUUGAGACUUUUUAAACAAGCUUUGGUAGAGCAUUUGGAUGUUAAUGAUUUUACUUUUACGAGUGUUAUUCGGGUUUGUGCAACUUUAACACUUCUUGAAUUGGGUAGACAAAUACAUGGUUUAUGUUUGAAAACAAGUUUUGAUUCAUCAAGUUUUGUGGGUAGUUCAUUGAUAUCACUGUACUCAAAAUGCGGAGUGGUUGAAGGAGCUUACAUGGUAUUUGAUGAGUUACCUGUUAAAAAUCUUGGUGCAUGGAACUCAAUGAUGAUGGCUUGUGCACAACAUUCCCAGGUGCAGAAAGCAUUUGAAUUGCUCAGCGAAAUGGAACGUUCUGGGAUUAGGCCUAAUUUUAUAAGUUUCUUGUGUGUAUUAUUGGGUUGUAGUCAUGCAGGGAUGGUUGAGAAAGGCCAAUUCUACUUUAACAUGAUGAAGAAACGAGGGAUUGAACCGGGAACUCAAAACUAUGCAUGCUUGGUAGAUUUGUUAAGCCGUGCCGGAAAAUUGAAAGAGGCGUUAUCGGUUAUUGAAGAAAUGUCUAUGGAACCAACAGAAUCGGUUUGGGGAGCUUUAUUGACUGGGAGUAGGAUCCAUGGGGAUACAGAAAUGGCGGCCUUUGCAGCUGAUAAGGUUUUCAAUUUAGGGACUGUUAGUCCAGGUAUGCAUGUGCAAUUGUCAAAUGCGUAUGCAUCUGCAGGGAAAUGGUUGGAAGCAGCAGAGGCCAGGAAAAUGCUGAGAGAUAGAGGGACAAAGAAGGAAACUGGAUUGAGUUGGAUGGAGGAAGGGGGUAGGUCUCAUACUUUUGCAGCUGGGGACAGGUCUCAUGUUAGGUCUGCAGAUAUUUAUCAGAAGUUGGAAGAAUUAGGCGAAGAAAUGGAGAAAGCUGGUUAUGUCCCAGAUACCAGUUUUGUUUUUAAGGAAGUGGAUAGUGAAGAGAAGAAGCAAACAAUCGGCUAUCACAGUGAGAGGCUAGCCAUUGCAUUUGGGCUCAUCACGCUCCCGCCUGGAAGACCAAUUCGUAUCAUGAAGAACUUACGGGUGUGCGGAGAUUGCCAUACUGCAAUUAAAUUCAUGUCAAAAUGUACUGGAAGGACAAUCAUUGUGCGGGAUAACAAUAGAUUCCACACUUUCAAGGAUGGUGUGUGCUCCUGCGGUAAUUACUGGUAACUUUUAAAGUUUAAUGGUGUGACUAUAGGUAGUAUCACAGAUUUAGGAAAGAAAGGAAGAUACAAUGAUGGAAGACAACCUGCACCUUACCACCUUCUCUUUGUGGCAAACGCCCUCAUUUUGAUUAUGGUAAAAAAACUACUCUCUUUGUUUCCUACUUGUUUUAGUGUUUUUCAUGUAAUUGAUGUAAGCUUAAGGGUAUUGAGGUUAGCAUCAUAAAGGGUCUCCAUAAAAUUUCAUUAUGUCUCCUUGCUAAUUCCAGGGUCAUUCCCAAAAUCAUUUUAUCAACUAAUUUCAAAAUAAAACUUGAGUUGUUGUUUAUGUGAAUGAUGAGUCAGUUGUCAAUCUCUAAGCUACUAUUUCCCACUAAUUAAACUUUUUUAUUACUUGCAACUUAAGUGAUAGCAACAAGGCACUGAUUAAUCUACCACCUACUACUAAUUCAUGCUAAUCCUUUCAUCUGUAUAAUAUAUACUCAUCUUGACCUUCUUUUUGGCAUCAUAUACUAUACGCCAUGCCUUUCAUGCAAAUUAUGAGCCUAGCUUUUGUUUGUUAAAAACAAGAAAGAAAGAAAAAACAGGGAAAUUUUCGGAAUUCUAGUCCUAGGUGGUAUCGUUGUUGGUUUAGGUGGAGCUUUCGCUCAUGUUUUGAUUUCGUGUUCUUUGAGCCCAUCGUUUUUAAUACAUCUCUCUUUGUUUGUUAGUUUUUGUCUCAACAUUGCUUUCACUGUCUCCAUCUCUUGAAGGUUUUCUUUAUCUAAUCUUGUAUCUGUGGAUUACUUU